AUGAAACGUGGUCGUCUUGUAUCACUCUUUAUUCUCUUUUUUGCUGCAGCUGCCUUCGUAACUAAUUUAAUAGCAAACUGUUCCGAUCGAUGGUGGGUGAAUGCUAGAGAAGGUGGUGAAAAAACAUUUCGACGUGCCGGACUAUGGCAAGUUUGUUUUGAUAUGUAUCGUCAUCGUUUCGAUUAUUAUGGCAAAAUCUACAACGGUUGUUGGUGGUUGUUUUCACCAGAAAUUCGUAUGUUACGAUCAUGGAUAUCGAAUUAUUGGUUGCGUUGGGUGCAAACACUCAGUACAUUAUCUUUAAUAUGUUCAUUAUUUGCCUUGGGAUCAUCUAUUAAUGUCAAUCGUCAAGAUAAUUUUCGAUCAGCUCGUCAUGUCCUUAUUCAAUCAUCUCUGCAUAUUGUCGCUGCUCUGCUGAUGUUUUGUACGGUGAUUUUAUUUGGUGUUGAUGGUAAGCGACGUGACUGGAUGAUGAACUGGCAAUUUAAUUGGUUUGGUUGGAGUUAUAAAUUGGCAAUCGUCUCAUGUAUACUACAAUUUAUAGCUGGAAUAUUUUCAAUUUAUCAAGGAUCAAAUAAAUAUUUAUUAGAUAUGUAUGAUUUCAUUAAAGAGGAACAAAAAUUAGAAAAACUAUCAACUUUAAAAUUUCCACCAUUGCCACAUACCGGCGUCGUAGAAAGAAAUGGAAGUAAGACACAAUUACACCAGUAUAUGUAAGCAACGAUGAUGAUACUUUGUCUUUUUGUGUACAUAAAUGAUACCUAUUAAAAUCUCUUUGUUUUUGCAUCUGAUAUUUGUUCACAUUCCAUUCAUUUAUAUCUGAUACAUUUUUCUAAAGUUUUUUUUAUUAAUUGUAUUAUUUAAUUUUACUUUUAGAAGUAUGAUUUUUAUAGUAUUUUCAACUUUUUUGCAUAUUGCAUUGUAUGAAGCUUUUCCGAUGUAUGUUGAAGUGUUAAACGUUAUUUCUUGUCUAAAUUCACUGAUGACGCUAGUUAUUGAACAAAUAUUAAUUACAGAAGAAAAAUAGUAUUUUCUAUCUACUUCUGAGGUCUCAGUCUUUGCAUAGAAGAAAAACAAGCAACACUCAACAAGUCUUCUAUUAUCAGAGUAUGUUCUCUUAUUAUUUCCGUUGUUUGCUUCUGGGAAUGUUCUCCUUAGAAAUACAUUUAUAUCUCUGUUUGAUCAACACCGAUUGUUGAUCAUACGAUAUAUCUUUAUUAUUUGUUCAUUUUAUUGUGAAAAUUCUUAAAUCAUUUGUUUUUGCGAAGCUACAUUAUGUGAUGAUAUUCCGUCGUUUAUUGUGACAAAUAUUCAUUUUUUAACUCGAGUAAAAUAAUGUACUGUAAAAAAUUUGUUUUUUAUUGUUCACUCUUUGUUCGAAACAACCAGGCACUAGUGUUUUCGAUAGUAGUUUUGGUCGGGGGUAGCGAGCCUGCUGAAUAACUAAAGUUUUUUUUAUUGGGUAACGCAUUUUUUGAUUAAAAAUUUUUUCUGAGUAACUGAGUUACUCAGAAGCUAGAGAAAAUCCCUUACUCAGCUGCAUAAAGGGCAGUUUUUCAAGUCAACAUUUUUUUGAGUAACUGUAUCUAAACGAGGGGCUGGUUUGCC